AGACCAUCGUCCAUUGCCAAGGAAACCGGAAGAUGUUCAGCGUCACUUCCUGUUGCAACGGCGAAAAGAUGUCGCCUACGUUAUUUAAUUUUGUCGACGCUAAGGACAAAUUUACGGCGUCUGCCAGACAUGCACUGGUUGGUAAAACCAGCAAGCCUUUGAUAAACGUGUUCAAUCAGUUCCCUGGAAAUGAGGCUGAAAAGAAGACCACCCUGGACCAGGCGCUGAGGGGGGUUCUUGGUGAUCAGAUUGUUGAGAAGAAGGUGAACUGUGAUGAAUACUUGGCCCUCAUCUACCUGAGUAUUGAUGCAGUGACAGAAGGUAUCUGUUCUGCUACCACUCCUUUUCUUCUGCUGGGAGAUGUACUGGACUGUCUUCCCCUCGACCAAUGUGACAAAAUAUUCUCUUUUGUCGAGGAGAAUGUUUCCACAUGGAAAUCGAGCUCCUUUUACACUGCAGGGAAGAACUACCUGUUGAGGAUGUGUAAUGAUCUUCUACGGAGGCUUUCCAAAUCCCAGAAUACGGUAUUCUGUGGGCGGAUCCAGCUCUUCCUGGCACGCCUCUUUCCUCUGUCUGAAAAAUCAGGGCUCAAUCUGCAGAGCCAGUUCAACCUGGAAAAUAUAACCGUGUUCAACAAGAAUGAACAAGAAAGCACUUUCGGCCAGAAGCACACAGAAGAAAAGGAAGAUGGCAUGGAGGUGGAGGAAGGAGAAAUGGGCGAGGAGGAAGCUCCCGCUCCAUGUUCCAUUCCGAUUGACUACAACUUGUACAGAAAGUUCUGGACACUGCAGGACUACUUCCGAAACCCUGUGCAGUGUUACGAUAAAUUCUCCUGGAUGACGUUUCUUAAGUUCUCAGAUGAGACCUUGGCCGUGUUCAAGAGCUAUAAAUUAGAUGACAUGCAGGCCUCCAAGAGAAAGCUGGAGGAGCUCAGAGCAUCUGGGGGGGAGCAUGUCUACUUUGCCAAGUUUCUAACAAGUGAAAAGCUGAUGGACCUGCAGCUCAGCGACAGCAACUUCCGGCGGCACAUUCUACUGCAGUACCUAAUCCUCUUCCAGUACCUGAAGGGCCAGGUCAAGUUCAAAAGCUCCAGCUGUGUCCUGAAUGACGACCAGACUACGUGGAUCGAAGAGACGACUAAACUGGUUUUUCAGCUGCUGAAAGAAAUCCCUCCUGAUGGAGACAAGUUUGCCACCAUGGUCGAACACAUCCUCAACACAGAGGAGAACUGGAAUGGCUGGAAAAAUGAGGGAUGUUCGAGCUUUGUGAAAGAAAGGACAGUAGAUGAAAAACCCAAGAGGCCCACCAGGAAAAGACAAGCUCCAGAAGACUUCCUUGGCAAAGGGCCGGACUCCAAGAUCUUCAUGGGAAAUGACGAGUUGACUCGACUGUGGAACCUGAACCACGACAACAUGGAGGCCUGCAAGUCCGACAGCAGGGAGUUCAUGCCGUCGCUGGACGAGUUCUUUGCGGAGGCCAUAGAGCAGGCCGAUCCCGCCAACAUGGUGGAGGAAGAGUACAAGGCGGUUCGAAACCCAAACUACGGCUGGCGCGCUCUGCGGCUGCUGUCCCGCAGGAGUCCACACUUCUUCCAGCCGACCAACCAGAAGUUCAAGAGCCUGGCGGACUACCUCGACAGCAUGGUCAGCAAGCUGGCCAAAGAGCUGCCGAAGGACAUUCCCUCUGAAGAGAUCAAGACGGGAGAGGAGGACGACGACGACAACGGAGACAAUCUGCUCAAAGACAGCAACGACAGUCCGAGCAUUCAGAGCAAGAUGGUGAGCAACCAGCAGAUGGACGACGUCGCGGCGAAGCUGGGCGCCCAGUGGAAGACGCUGGCGCCUCAUCUGGAGAUGAAGGCGGCGGAGCUGCGGGAGAUCGAGACGGACAGCGAAGACGUGGACAUGCAGGCCAAACUGCUGCUCGUGGCCUGGCAGGACCGAGAGGGGACGCAGGCCACUGUGGAGAGCCUGGUCGCAGCGCUCAACGCCGCCGGGUUCGCCCAGAUCGCGGACAUCCUCAGUGAGGCGUGAUGAUUUGGUACCUCCGCUAUAGUUACGCCGUCUUUUUAUCAACAAAAAAAAACAACUUGGAAACUGAACAUUUUUGUAUGUAGUUCAGGUUGAAAUUUUUUCACUGAAGAAAAUUCAAUAAAUGUUUUUUUAAUAAA